GCCUAGACUAGAGUAUUUAUGCGGAGUGCGCGACGAGAAGAGAACUGGGUUGAAAACGCACUGAUAUUUUUUAAGAAUAAAAUAAGACUGGACGAUACCCGUUCGAGACUUCUCGACGACCCACGAGCAAAUAGAAACCUUGCACACAAGAAGCACAUCACGGGUGACAAUCGGUUCCAGCGCCUGUUUAUUGAUAGAUAGCUGACGCGCACUGCGAAUUGAAGAUGAACGGACAGAUGAACGGUUUCCACAAUUCACUCAUCGAUGAAGACUGUUUUCUUUUUACGUCUGAGUCUGUCGGAGAGGGGCAUCCAGAUAAGAUUUGCGACCAGAUCAGCGAUGCCGUGCUCGACGCCCAUCUCAAGCAGGACCCAGAUGCCAAAGUAGCAUGUGAGACCGUGGCCAAGACGGGCAUGAUCCUGCUGGCGGGGGAGGUGACGUCCCAUGCCACAGUGGACUACCAGAAGAUCGUCAGGGACACCAUCAAGAACAUCGGCUACGAUGACUCCUCCAAAGGCUUUGAUCAUAAGACCUGCAACGUGCUUGUGGCCCUGGAGCAGCAGUCCCCUGACAUCGCACAAGGGGUUCACCUGGACCGCACUGAAGAGGACAUCGGAGCAGGGGACCAGGGUCUGAUGUUUGGCUACGCUACUAAUGAGACGGAGGAGUGCAUGCCCCUCACCAUCAUCCUGGCUCACAAGCUGAACGCCAAGAUUGCCGAGCUACGACGCAAUGGCACCCUGCCCUGGCUCCGACCCGACUCUAAGACACAGGUGACUGUGCAGUAUCGUCAGGACCGCGGCGCCAUGCUGCCGGUGCGCGUGCACACGGUGGUGGUGUCAGUGCAGCACGACGAGGGCGUGUGCCUGGAGGAGAUGCGCGACGCCCUCAAGGAGAAGGUGGUGAAGGCCGUGGUGCCCAGCACGUACCUGGACGAGGACACGGUCUACCACCUGCAGCCCAGCGGGCGCUUCGUUAUCGGAGGACCACAGGGUGAUGCAGGGCUGACUGGCCGUAAGAUCAUCGUGGACACCUACGGUGGCUGGGGCGCUCAUGGCGGCGGAGCCUUCUCCGGGAAGGACUACACCAAGGUGGACCGCUCUGCCGCAUACGCAGCCCGCUGGGUCGCCAAGUCCCUGGUGAAGGCCGAACUGUGCAAGCGCGUCCUGGUCCAGGUGUCGUAUGCCAUCGGUGUGGCCCACCCCCUCUCCAUCUCCAUCUUCCACUAUGGCACCUCCCAGAAGAGCGAGAGGGAGUUGCUCGACAUAGUCAAGAAGAACUUUGACCUCCGACCCGGGGUCAUUGUCAGAGAGCUGGACCUGAAGAAGCCCAUCUACCAGAAGACGGCCUGCUACGGCCACUUUGGCCGAGACUCAUUCCCCUGGGAGGUGCCCAGAAAGCUCAAGUACUAAAGAAAGAGCGACAGAAAGAAAGGAAGAGGGUAGAGAAGAAAAAAAAGAGAACCUCUGUGCUUUCCCCUUCUCUUGUCCUCUCCUCUCCUUAGUGGUCAUGGAUGGUAGUGUGUGCACUACAGAGAAACCUGCCAGCCUGACUUGAGGAGAAGCGUGGGGGAAAACCCAGAAGCAUCAUGAAACCUGUGUAUGAUGUCCCAACCUCACCCUCACCCCACUUCUCUCUUUGUCUCGCCGUCUCUCUCUCUCUCUCUCUCUCUCUCUCCCCCACCGUAUCUCAUCCUCAACCUAAAGCCAUUUCUUCUUCCCUUUGUCCCCACCACCACCCCCCCAUCCCAUGACUGUGUAACACUGCGUCGAUAUUGCCCAAGGGUUCUGUGCGGUUUCAUGCUUCGAUACCAAUCCCACCUGUCCUUUCAUCGCCCCCUCUCCUUCCUCCGUGACCCAUCUCUCCCCACCUUUUCUGAUCUAGUGAUGGCACAAUGGAAGACUAAGAUUGUUAAUGAGACGCUAUGCAUCGCUGGCUUUAAACGCCCAAGGCCUGCUGAAAACCCACUCGCUUUAUUAAAAAAAAAAAAGAAAGAUACUACCUGGGCUUGCUUAAGUAAAGAUUUGAAUCAAAUUUUUGGGAACAAAGGCAAAAAAAAUCCAAAUGCGCGCGCACACACACACACACAUUAAACAAACAUACAUUUAAGAAAAUCUGUGAAUUGAUAUCACAAUGCACCCGGUUGGAACUUUGGAAGAAACCACACAUUGAUUUUGUUGCCUUGGAAUUGACUAUUUGUUUACCGUCGGACAACUGAAAAGUCACGAUCGGCCCUGCAGAAGCACCAUCGCUUAUUCUGACGUGCUACAGAGAAGUCAGAAGCUGCUAUUUCCCCCACUCCCCCCCCCUCUCCUUGGUGGCUAGUUUCUACAGGGUCCCGAUGUGACGGCGUUUACCAACCGACCGAUUCCAAAGCCCCCCCACCCACUCUACGCACCCACCCCCAUUCCCGCCCCCACACCUCUCCAGUUUCUCUGCGUAUUCCCGACUGCGUGUGGCGAGGAAUCCACAUAGCACUGCGCUGUGCUGUAGCUAUAGCUGUAGCGCAGUUGUGUGUGGUGCGACUGUACGACCACGGUGGGCGAGAGGCAGAGCACUCCCCUGAGCUGGGAAGGGGCUCGUUUGUGAUGGCGCAGACUGCGCAAAUCUACGCACCGCAUAUGCAUGCCCACUGGCAAAAUUACAAUGCAUUCUGGUUAGAAAUGCAGAAACCGAAUGUGUGAUUGCGCAGUGUGCCCGUGUGCAUUGUGCAGAUUUGUGGAGUGUGCAUCAUCUCAAACGGGGGGCUAAGAGCACGGGCGGCUGAGUGGGGUGUAGCUACAGAGAAACCCCACCUCCGGCCGACCAACUGACCAACCCCCCCACCCCAGCUCAGGGAAAAUGCCCUCGCCCAACAACUUGAAUUUAACUACUUGAAGGAAUAUUCAGAUUACGAGGAAGAAGGAAAAUAUUACAAAAGGAACAAACAAAAGCUAGCGUGGCCAACCUUAUGCACCUGGACCUUGGUGUGGUACAGAAAAGCCAAGGACCUGUUUGUGUGGUGAAGGAACCGCCUUUUCUAUUCUAUCGUCGAUAUUUAAAUUAAAAGAGUAAAGAAAUACCGUUAUUUUUUAUUUUGCAUUGUCCUUUAUGCCUGGAAAAUCGUUGCUGUCACUCAUUCCCGUGUGUUGUGUUGGCUCUGUGGCAUAUUCUCGUGGUGUCCUACAGAAAAGCCAUCGAGGUGCCGUGCCACAGACGACCAGCACUGUGCUGACGAAUGCUCUGACCAUUUGUUACUUUUUAUUCGACACGUUUAUUAUUAUAAUAAUGAUGACUGAGAAAAUGAACCAUGCGCACACAGGUUUUUUUUUUGGUUUGUUUUUUUUUCCGUCUGUUUUUAAAGUAAAGUAUUUUAUUAAAGGCGGCGCUCCCUGCACUACUGGCGCAAAGAAGCAAAAGUCUGGCUGGUGUUGUACAGAGAAACCAGCCGCGUUUACAUGCUCUUGCUGCCUGGCUGUGGUAAAGGAGCGCCGCCCUUUCUCCUUUUUAUACUCCUCUUCCGUUCAUUUGACCUUUUCUAAAUAAACCAGUGAUGUAAGUGUCAGACUGGUCACUGAAAGAGUAAAAAAGUGCCUUUUUCUGUUUGUUUUCUCUCUAGCGCUCUCCCUCGUCGUCGCCCAUCCCUACCCCCGCCCCAAACCCUCCUGUUCCUCAAAAUCUAAUUUUGUUGUCCUCUCUUUAUUUUUUCCCUGUACCCCCCUACCCACCCCCACCUCCCUUCCAGCUAAACACCCCCACCCCACCCCCUCUUACAGUGAACAUGUACCUUUUAUAUGGGGCCUCUAGCUCCAUUACCUUGAGUCAUGAAAUCCUAUACAAGGCCAUGUCCCAUGUCAAGUGAUUUGAAUAAAAUUCUGUCCUGAA